AGGGGGGGGGGGGGAGAGAGAGAGAGGGGGAAAGGCGUUUCCAUGCUGGUUCGGCGGUUUUCGAUUCACUCUUCGCGGAGAGCAGUCACGACCGUCGUCGGCUCGCUCGGUGUGUCCACGUCACGGCCUUGGGACUUGCCUCCUCUCCUCCCCAUCGCGCUCUUCAUCGCAUCGCCGCGACAUCGAGCGUACUGGACUUUUCUUUCUUUUUUCUUCCCCCCCCCCCUCUCUUUCUCUCUCCUUCCUCCCACGAACGUCUGACCAGUUUCCGGCUCCGAUUCGAGCUCCUCCACGCCGUCAAAUUCCCCCCCAACGUCCAAGCAUACUCGCUGCGACGCUUGGCCGCACGCGUGACACUUGAAUGCAGCACGCAGGUGUGGAUAAACGCUUGGCUAGGUGUGCGGGAAGUGCGUUUCCGCCCUAUUUCCGUCCAUCUUCCUGUUGUGUCCACCAGAACGAUGGCGGAGUACAGCUCCCUGCUCAGCGAGCUGUCGGACAACAUCACCAACGAGGACCUGGAGCAGCUCAAGUCGGCCUGCAAGGAGGACAUUCCCGAGGAGCACAGCGACGCCAUCACGUCCUGCAAGGACUGGUUCAACUACCUGGAGAAGAACGACAAGCUGGCCCACGACAACCUGUCGUACAUGGAGCACAUCUUUGAGAUUUCGCGGCGUCCCGACCUUCUGACCCGUGUGAUCGAGUAUCGCACCACCGUGCUGAAGAUCGACGAGGACGACGAGAUCGACAGCAAGCUCACGCGCAUCCCCUCGGCCAAGAAGUACAAAGACAUCAUCCGCCAGCCAUCCGAAGACGAGAUCAUCAAGUUGGCCCCGCCGCCCAAAAAGGCGUGAAGCCGCCGACUAGUCACCGCUCUAGUCAACCUGCCGACCGACACGAGGCCCUUAACACACACACGCGCACACACACAUUCACAUGCACGCACGUAACCAAACUGACAACAUGAAGCUUAUAUUUGUACUCUCCUGUCAUGGAUUCCAUUGUUAAUGUUAGUACAGUUCUGCUCCGCGUUUGGAUGUUUUCGUUUUUUUGGAGAGACGCAAACUAACUUUACUGCACUAAGUACGUACAUCGGUCUUGUCAAAAGAAUUGAAAGCCUAAACUGACACUGUGUCCUCGCAUUAAAAAAAUAAAAUAAAAAAUACAAAAAAUAGUUUUACUGUCUAACAUGCUCCCUUUUGCUCCGUUUUCCUCUCAUCUGUUGUUGUCGUCGUUUUGGCCGGUUAGCGAGUCGUAGUUAGUGCUUACCACAGCUGGAAAUGUCCACAAAGUCUCUUUACAAUUCCAAAAAUGGCUUGGAAAGCAAUUGACUUGUUCUAUGCACUGCAUCGCAUAUGUAUUUAAAAGUCACACUUUUCUCACUAUUCCACGAAUUUUCCCACACACACAAGCACAAAAAAAAAACAGCUCAUUCGGGACAUCUUGAUUCCAUUUUUAAUGACAACAUACAAAAAUAAAUGCAGAUGUUUCAAACCAUUCCACCUUAAAACUGUUCAGCAGCUUAUUCAUUCGCAAAAAUUCCACAUUUUCAAAUAUUUCACAUGUUGACCACAUUCCCGCAUUUUUCAGCACUGUGCAUUUUUCAUGACCAAAAUCCUACAAUAUUCAAAAUUUCUGCUUUUUUUUUUUUUUUCGGGCUCACAUUUAACAUUUGAUUCCGUUUGCAUCAAUUCACCUCGCAAUUUCUAUAGGAAUUUAACUUUCUCGUUUUGUAGUUAUUUCCAAAAACUUCGUCUAACCAUUUGCUUUUGUACUAAACGAAUUGUAAAGAGACUUUAUCGAGAGGACUCACACUUGCAAACGCCACUUCACUUCGCUUUGCCGCGGCCGAUUUGCCAUGUGUUUGCGGUCAAAGGUCAAUGUCGUCGGUGCGCGUCAAGCGAGUUGGCCCCCUCGCCGUGAGUAGUAACAAACAUGCACUUAUGCCGGCGGCGCUUCCACACUGGAUGGGCGAAGGCGUUUCUCGGCAUUCCCCUGUUGCGUUCCAGCAUGAUCGCAGGCUGUCGUUGCUACUUUUUUGUUCCUUCUUUUUGAAAAUUGGAACCUGAGUGAGUGUGAUUUUAUGACCGGCUGACUCCUUCUUUUUGUUAUCCGUGUGCUCGUUCGUGCGCUCGGUGCCAAUGUGCGCAAGCUGUUUUGCUUUUUCGCGGUGGCGGCCUCGCGUCGCCUCGCAGCUUCCCGCUCGGUCGCCAUGGUAACUGAGAGCCAGACGUCAAUAAGGCACAUAGCAGAACAACAUAUCAAAGACAAAAUGAUGUCCAAUAUUGAUUUCCAUCGCAAGUACAUAUCAAGUUAGGAAACACAACAAAACAGAGAGGCAGAUAUUUAGUGAAGUCAUUUGUGCUUAAAGACUGUUUGUUUUUCAUUUUCUUGAAUAUGUAAAUAUGUAUUUUCAAUAUAAACCACUGUGUUCAUUUGUUAUGAUUAAUUUAUUUCCAGCCAAUAUAAUUGUUGUUUUUACCUGCGUGCCCUGAUGUUCGACUAACUGGCAGUGCUGUGACAAGACCUUUUCUUUCCCGAACGUUGACAAAAAGUGUAUUAAUGUAAGCGUGUCGGUACAGCGUGGCACACCGUGGCUUCCGAACGAAGAGCGAGAGAAAGAGAAAGUGAGUGUCCGUGCUUCAGGAGUUUGCAUGAAGCCAUUAAAGUCGUUGAGGGAAGUCAUUCCGGAUUGUUUUUUGUUUUUUUUUGUUGUUGUUGGUUUUUUUUCCCCCAACAAAGUGUUUUAUUCCGCCGAGUGUGAAGUUGCUGCUUGUUGUCAUGAUUUCAAGUCAAAAUGUAAUAAUGCCAUUUUGUCAUUGUGCUAAAAUGAAUAUAAAUAUUAUAUUUAAAUAUAUUUGCUAACCUACA